CAAAGCCGAGCGAGAAACAUGGCCGACAGCCAGCCAGCGAUCAAGAAAGAUUCAAACAAGGGCUCCCAAGAUGUCAUAACCGACUUCUGGAAAAAGUUUAUUACCAAGAGCCCCAGCCCAGUAACCUCAAUAUUCCCUCAGCAUCUAUAUACCAAUCUUCUCCAUCCAACUCGUGUCCAAGGGGCUUUGUCCGCUCGUAAUGCUGCUGAGAGUUACGAAGCCGCGGCCCAGGAAUGCAAAGAGCAGGUAAAACGUAUCGUUCGCGAGUGCAGACGUACAAAUGAGAAAUUCGCAGACCCAGACUUUGAUAUUGAGCAUGAUUACAAGAACGGUCUGAAGAACUGCCUUCGCGGUCUAGCUCGGAGUAACAACAAGAAGUACAAUGGGUCUGAAUCCUCCGAGCAGACAGGUUAUUCGUCAUCUUUGAGCGACGACGACUCCGACUCCUAUUUUGUUGGUUCAGUCCAUAGGAUUGAUUGGAUCUUCGAGAAACCGGAAUUUACCAUCGACGGGUUCUCCAAUACGGAUAUUCUCCAAGGUGCCAGUGGUGACUGCUGGUGGCUUGCAGCAGUGGCGACGAUCUGCAACCGCCAGGAUUUGAUGGAGAAGAUAUGCGUGGCUCGGGACAGCGAGUGCGGAGUCUACGGCUUUGUUUUCUAUAGGGAUGGAGAGUGGCAUUCAACUGUUGUCGACGAUAAUUUGUAUCUGGCCAACGCCGACUAUUCUUCCACUUCCAACGCAUACGACAGCACUGGCAAGCGGGCAAGGGAGUACCGCAAGCGCAAUCAAACAGGGUCAGAGGCCCUCUAUUUUGCCAAAUGCUCCGAUCCAAAUGAAACAUGGCUACCUCUGAUGGAAAAGGCGUAUGCAAAAAUUCAUGGAGACUACGAUGCCAUCUCUGGGGGCUGGGCCGGAGAGGGCGUCGAGGAUCUUACCGGGGGGGUCACAACCACAAUUGCGACUAAUAGAGUUCUAAACAAGAACAGGCUGUGGGGUGAACUUACCGGCUCAGAGGGAAGUUUUGUCUUUGCCGCGUCAGCUAUGGGCACCGGGUGGGAUUCAACUCAAAAUGGUCUGGCUCUGGGACACGCAUACUCAAUCCUCCGUGCUGUUGAGGAGGCGGACGAGAAGGGGGAGAAAGUAAGACUAGUGCUAAUCAGAAACCCUUGGGGGCAGAGAGAUAUGGAAGGUAUAGGCGAAUGGAAUGGGCCAUGGAGCGAUGGUUCCAAGGAAUGGACACCGUACUGGCUGCAGAAGCUGCAGCAUACAUUUGGAGACGACGGCGUUUUCUGGAUGGCAUACGAGGACCUUCUCUCAACAUUCAUGUUCGUUCAUCGCACGCGAAUUUUCGAUGCAAAAUGGACCGUGGUUCAGCAAUGGACAAGUGUAAAUGUGCCAUGGGUUACGGGAUUUCUUCGAACAAAGUUCUUCGUUGAAAUCAAAAAGGCUGGACCGGUGGUUUUUGUGCUUUGUCAGCUUGAUAAACGUUACUUUAGCGGUUUAGAGGGCCAGUACAAGUUUGCCUUGCAUUUCAUUCUCCAGGAAAAGAACUCAAAGUCGGAAGAUCAUAUAGUGAUGGUCCGGCCGGUUCAUUCCUGGGAGGACCGGUCGGUCAGCGCUGAGAUUGAACUUGAGCCUGGACAGUACGAAGUCGUGCCCAAGGUUCUCGCGACUAGGGACCUCGAUCAGAAGGUGGUUGAAGAUGUCGUCAAGGAUUGGGCCGAGGAUAACCCGCAAAAGUUGAGGCAGGUGGGCAUGAAUUACGACUUUGCAAAUAAAAAAGGCAGCAAUCCAAAUGAUGGCCCGCCAGAGCAGGGGAACACAAGUAGCGACACGGAAAUUGGCAAGACACAAGAGUCAUCACAAGACAAGGGCCAACAGAAAGACGAGCAAAAGGACGAUGUGAAAGACGAUGUGAAGGACAGUGCAGAAGACCAGACCAAGAAAGAGAAUACCGUGGAAUCCGAACCCCUCCCUCUCGAGACGCUAGACGGCUUCAGAGUCAACAAAAAGGGACAGGUUCUUAACGAAGACGGGGAGCAGAUUGGAGAGCUCACUGAGGGAGAGGUUGAAAAGUGUGCUAGUAAGAGGAUCAAUGCAAAGGGAGAUGUCCACGACGCCGAAAAUCAGGUUUUGGGCAAAGUAAAGCUGCUCCCUCGUGCUUCGACCGAGCCCAAAGUCGACAAGGACGAUGGUCUUGAAAACAGACAAAAGGAAGACGGUCUUGAAAAUACACAAAAGGACGACGAUUCCGAGUCAUCAAACACAGGUGAUGGGCCUCCGCCGUGGAAUGCAGUAUGCGUUAUUGGCUUGCGGGUCCAUGCGCAGGAUCCUGAAGUCGCUAUCAAACUCGUAAAGCCGGAAGUGACAAAUGAAGAAUGA